CCCAGUCGAAACGAAUGGUUCAUUUGAGAGUUUUCUCAAAGAUUUACUCAAUUUUUAGUGCAAUUCGCCGAGAUUUAAGGUGAAAUGGAUAGAACAGCGCUUUUCAAAGCUACUGUGAAGACUAUUCGAACUAAAAAUAAGGCGCUAGGUGUCAAGGAAACAAGCAGAGACAUUCUGAGUACUAGCAGAAGACGAACUGAGUUUGGAAGUAAAGCAAAAGAUGUGGUAGGAUGAGAGUUAAUUAUUGUGAAGGAUUUUCAGCUGUAUAUUUUCUCCAUCUGUAUUUGGAAAGGUUUCAAAGUAGUCAUUUUAACCGUUAGACUGCUGAUAUUCUCAUUUGUCACUUACAGCUCAUGAACAUUACCAAACUGAGAGAUUUCCUUCUAGAACAUCAGAAAGACUACAUAAGCCCAUUCAGGUAAUUUUUGUACAUAAUUAAUGCUCUCUAGGUAUUUUGGUACUUUCAUACAUUUGUUAAGUGAAAUGGUGUCGUUAAUAAAGGUAAAGGUAGUUCUCCUAUAAACCGUCCCAUUUAAAAAAAAUUGUUUCUCAAAUAAUAAAGAAUUUUGAGAAAUAAAAAUUACACAGUCCUAUCAAGCGAGAGCUGAGCUUUCAGAAAAUUGAUAUUCGAGGUGUCAAUUUUCUCACCUAAGGUGUUAUUUCCUUUAUAUAUCGCAGGAUCAAAAAUUAAAAAACUCCUUAUUUCCGGCUUUCUCUCAAUAUCUAGGAAUAAAAAAAAAUGGAACUAACUUAUAAUUAGAUUGUUCAUUUACCAUUAAAUUCCUGGCAGUAGUAAGUUAAUUUUUCCCGAGAUAUAGAGGUGGAAUUUUUUUGUAAUACCCUAUAACUUCAGACCGCCGCCAAAGUUCCAAAAUAUUCUGGCAGUUGCCGGAAUUUAACACAUUUUUCCUUAACAUUAUUUGAAUAAACCCGGCAAGUUUCAAUGCGGUAUUAUAAAUCCUCAUAUUUUUACACAAUUUGUUUUCAGUAUGGUCCAACGCAGCCACAAUAUUGCCCAUAAUUCACCCUUAAUUUUCGUCGUGCUAUGCUGUUUUCUUCAUCGCCAUCUUGAAUUCUUACAAGCAAAUUACCGCUGUUCUUUUUGUUGUUACAGUGACGCGAUUGUAGCACGGAAAGUGGCAAGAAAAUGCGAAAAUCUUCCUUUGAACUCAUUUCAUGACGUGCUGUUAAUAUGGCGUUAUAAACAAUGUUUUAGUCUUAGCAACGUGCUAAUUUGCAAAAUAGGUCACUUAACUACGGCCUUAUCUGUCAUCGACCUUGCAAGGAUCAUAUAUCUAAUGUGUCUCUAGGAGGCUUUUUACAGCCAUAGAAAUGACUUAGAAAUAUCAAAACAAUUGUACUUUCUUUUUGGAAGCAGAAUGUAAGAGAAUUUUGCUAUAAUUUGCCUUAGCUUACUUGAGACUCAAACGUGUUAUCGCGUGCCAGGUUUUGAAAAUUGCAACAUUUCUGUCAACAACCAUGAGUAUCGCAUUGGAUUUCAGGCCUGUGAUUAUUAAUAUUUCCAAAAGAGCGCUCUUAGAUACCAACUUUGGCCUUCAUUUUCUUGGCUUCUAUUUAACGAAAAAUGCUUCCUUUUCGGAAUUUUGAGUUCAGGUUAAGAGUACUUUUCAAAUAAGUAAUUUUAUAAGCAUGAUCAUAUUUUGACUUUAUAGCAGUUCUUAUACCUUAAGAAUGUAUUGGUAAUGUAUUUAAAACUUUUUGCAACUCAGUCAUUUGAGUUUGGAGGUGUCCAGUAUGACAGAUGAAGAGAGGGAUCAGAUAGACACAGAUGCUGAAACAUACAUGAGAACCUGUUCUGUUGCUAUAGAGGCUCUCAAGUCUGAAGGUAUGAUUACAAAAGUAAAUAUUCAGAGAGACACUGCAUUUACAUGUACAUGACACCUCUUUUUAUUACUCUAUUGUUAAGCUAAAUUACCUAAGCAUACACUGUACAUGACUGUACAGCCACAACCUGUGACCGUUUUGGUUGCCAUGGCAAGAAGAACAAAAUUUUGGGACAAAAUUGAAUUAAAUGUCACCAAUUGACUAUUAAGUGAUGUGUUUUUGGUGGUGUACAUGUACCUGUAAAUGUACAAGUUGAUGAUUUUAAUAGUUUGUUUUUGUAGUCUUUCUAAUGUUCAUUUGAAAUCUUGAAAAAUUUGCACUAGAUAUUACUUGUAGUCCAUCUUCUUUAAAAUAUAAUUAUUUUCUCUUUCACCCUGCAGGCUCUCCGGGUAUUAAGCCUUGAGAUGUCGUGUGCACAUCCAAAUUUGAUUUCAGUAGUUGGGUAGCCAGUUUGAUUAAUCUGUUUUAAAACAAUCAACAUUUUAUAUCUGGUGACUGUUGUCAGGGUGCAAAGAAAGUCAGUUUUACGGCUUGCCAUUCGGGCAAGUUGCUGCUAGUAUGACUACAAUGGAGGACAAAAAAACUUGGGACUGUGUGAAAAGCCCUUCCAAGCAAUUGUUACGUAGGACCCUGCUCCUAAGGACAAUUUUUUGUUGGGCUUUGGGUUCAUCCUGUCGUCUCCCCACUUCCCCUAGCAAUGUUGUGGCCAAAAAAAGCACGCAUUUUGCUCCAAAUUCAACUUUGUUUGGGGUUGGAGGGGAGGGGUCGCUAGUUUUAGUAGUAUCUCUGGAAAGGUCCCAAUACUUUUGACCUCCAUUGUAGCCCAAGAGUCUUUUAAGCUAGCCCAAAAAUGUUUUUCAUAAGCAGCAUUGAUUACAGUUCUUCUUUAAUUUGAAUUUCCCAGAAAACUUCACUUACCCUUUGGGCAAGUUAAGAACAGAAUUCACUAGCCUGAUUGCAAAAUCCACUAGCCCCGGGCUAUCGGACACAGCUUUCUUUGUACGCUGGUUGUGGGGCAAGGUGGUAAAGCCUCCUCUCCAAAAAGGAAUUAAGUGGCCAGGGAACUUUUUCUCUUGGAGCAAUUUAAUUAAUUGUUGUGAUGAUAGCAUAAGAUUAUGAUGGACUUUAACCACUGAGAAACUGCUGCAACUAAGUAGAAUAAAUUAAAGCAACAACGUGUUAUUUUUGAUAGCACUGCAGCAUAAGAGAAGUGAUCAAGUGAUGACUCACAGAGAUGCUGUGCUUGGAAUGCUCGGACAGUAUUUAAAAGGCAAGCUUUUAACAUCUUUUUAUAAAAUAUUUUGAAAAGUCCGUUUGAAUAACUGGGCUUGAAUGUGUGGCACAAUGUGUUAAUAAACUGAUGAUAAAAUUGGCUCGGUUUUACUUACGGGACAAAAGAAGUGGAGAUGUAUUAAAGUUGAUGAAUGAUUACAAGGUUGAGAUACAUGUAUUACACAGGGGUUUCAAUAAAAAUUGAAGUAGGCAGCAGGUUUGAAUAAAGUAACCGACUGUAUCAACAAGGGGUCGUUAGUCCCCUUUUUCUAGGGGGUGGGGGAAGGGGGUCUGGGUGUGUUCAGUCCCAGAAAAUUUUGAAACUUCAAAGCCCUAAAAUAUGACUUUCAGCAUUCUGGGGACUAAAAUUGAGGACAGAAGAGUGUGUUUUUCAUUCAAGAAAAUGUAGCUUUCAAUAUUUAUCAGUCACACAAUCAAUUCAUGCGAGCAACAAACAAAUGAACUAAAUUACGUACUUUUUUAAACCUUUAAAGAAACUUGUGAAAAAAUGACUGAAAUGUAGCGUUCACAUAACUAAAGCAUAAUGUAAAACCAGUGUGCCUUUGUGUUAUGAAAACACAUAAUAAUUACGUUUUCAUUCAGAUUUUAUGAUAUAUUUUUGGUUUACAACGUUAUUCAAACUAGUUGCUUCUUCUUUCUAGAAAAAAGUAGCUGACCUCUACGAGCAAAAAGUAGGCGAUGUGUUUCGUCUGCCGUCGGUGCUUAUUGAAACCCCUGAUUACAUGUACCUCAACCUUGUAAUCAUUUUUCACUUACUCAAUAACCCAGUAAGAAGUUGUAAAACAGUUUCUGUAAAGUGAGGUUUUUUGGCAUGUUUCUUGACUACUGCUUGCUCAACUUCAGAGAGUGCAAAAUGUUGUGGCUAGGGCUGAAACCGGGGCAAGAAAAUUUGACUGCAUCACCCCCAUAUUAAAGCAACUCCAAUGGUUGCCAGUUGCUCGGCAACUUGUAGUCAGAGAUGCUGUAAUUUCAUUUAAAUGUUUGCACGAACUAGCCACAGCAUAUCUGUGCUGCAAAUUCAUUGUACUAGACACAGAAACAGCUGUUCAGAUCAGUUACCGGCCAGCAGUCAUUUGUAUACAGAGCCACUCAGCUUUGGAAUGAAUAAUACCUCAGACUCUAACAAAUAUGAAUAAUUUGAUUAAGGCUGCUCUUAAGAGUCAUGCUUGGAAGAAUAUUAUUUAACAAUUAUUUGCCAAAGGCGAAGUUAAUAUAAUUUGUUAAAUAAUCCCCGAGACGAAGUCGAGGGGAUUAUUCAACAAUGUUAACUGAGCCUGAGAUGAAUAAUUGUUUUAGUAUAUUCACACGAAGUGAUCUCAACAGAAUCAGAAAGGAAACCAUUAAAAAACGACUAGUUUGAUUGACGGGUGAAUUCAUGCGUGAACACGAAGCCGUAAACAGUGGAUGCGCAAAAGUUAGAUCUUUCCAGUAUCUUCAAACAUGGCAAAUGAUAGUUUUAAUCUUUCUGUAUCAAGUUUUGUAAGCUUUAGCAUCAACGGUUUAAAAGAAAACGCCGAAAAUUUAUAUUACUACCCAAUUCUGAGAAGAAAAGUAGAGCUUUAUUUGUUUUUGUCAACUCACCGUGAAUGAGAAAGUUUUCUUUGUCGCUUCUUGCAAAAUAAAUUAAUGCUGUCAACAGCGGCUAUGAUCGAGGUGAGCGUUGUUUAUCUCCAAUGUUCUUUGCCUUGUUAACUUGCUGGCACGUACAAUUUUCGAAAAUAUUUGCCUUCCUCUUUUCUUCAUAAAUUAACUUCUAUUUGUAGGCAAAAUUGGUCUUGCGAGAAAAUCCCGAAAUCACAAAACAGUGACAAAGCGACCUCGUUUUCCUCUGUAGUGGUAAACAUAGCUUUGAGCGUACAAAAGUCAGCUACAGUAAACCGCUUCGCAACAAAUCACGCUGUUUAAACGCCAUGAAGUCUUUCUUGCCUUGAAAGUCAUCAGCUCUUGGAUAUUCGUGUAUUUUCAAAAAGGCUUUACUAGGAAACUUUGGCAAAACACCCAUUUCACGACAGCGAUUUUGUUCUGCUUUAUAUUCACCGCCUAGCGCGGUGAAUAUAACGUCAUAGUCUGAGAUAGCUAACCAAUCAGAUUGCUUGAAUUACCAAGAUCACUGAGUGUGUAUAUACUAAAGUUACAUAGAACGUUUUAAACUUAGACUCUUUUUAUACUAGUCAGGAUAGUUUUUAGAUAUUUAUAGUUUUUUACUUUAAUUGUUAUAGAAGAACGGGACUGUCAACCCCACCACAUCAUCAAAUAUUGAAAAUUGAUGAGGAAGAGAUGAUAGAUGAUGUCAUAAUGCAUGGCCCGUGAUGUCAUUUGUGAAAAAAAAAAUGCGCGAAAAAGAUGUUGUUGGAAUUGUAACAUUUGACCUAAUUGGUUUACUUCCCACCAAUCACAUUAUUGCUUAUAUUACAACGGCAUAUUGGAGUUUGUGAGGAGACAUUCAAUGUUAACAGUAACUAUCAAAUUCAAAUAUUUGAAAUCUCAUUGUCAGAAAGUCGAAUCUACAAGAAAUGGCAAACUUCAGUGAUUAUCCGGGAGAUAAUCAGACUCUAAUCUGGAGACUGGGAGAAACGGUUCAAAAUCUAGAGUCUCCCAGAUUAUCCGGGAGAGUUGACAGCCCUGGAAUAACCAUUUUAUGGCAGUGAAAAAUAAAUUUUAAAAAACAAAUUUUAUAAAUUAUUUUGUUUGUUUAUUUGCUAAGGUCUUGGUAGUUGUCAGAAAAAAGUAUGGAUUUAUUCUAAAUGACAUAAACCAACACUGUACAUGUAUUCCAAAACUCGUUGGUUUCUUGAGCCUCCUUGUUAUUCAAAUCAAAACUCUAUACAUUGUAUACAAGCUUCCUGUCGCAGUUAAACAUUGUACCCUCACUUUUACCCCUGAGUUUUUUAAUCUAGCCUCUCAAGAAUUGAAACCAAUUUCCUGUGGGGCUUAAGUUAUUCUGUUACAGGUGUGCAGGCAUGAAUAAAGGUCCAGCUGUGACUUGAACCUUAUCACUAUCCCAACAGCUUCAGUCCCACCUGCACCUAUGCAAAUUAAGCCCAGUGUCUAAUUAACAAGGAUUCUUCCACCCAGGCAUUUCUGGAGUAGGGAUUCCACUUUACACUUCCGUUUGUCAUUUGUAAUAAAAAGUCUUUGUAUUUUUUUCAUCUUACCGCUAGUUGUUUGCAGACUGUACAGUGAACAGAGAGCAAUCAGGGUAAAGAGAGUAGUGGACAAGAAACGAAUGUAAGUUAGAAGCAGCUGACAAUAUAGGCUCAGGGCACUUUCCAUUUGUCAGAACUGGCUGGCCAAACCAUGCCUGACUCGACAGUUUGAAAAUGAAAUAGGCUUUUUCAAAGAGUUUUUGAUGAAAAAUGUUACCCUUUGUGCUUACUAUUCAGGAUUUGAUUAAAAAGGAAAUUAUCAUUGCAACAGGAAUGGUCUGGCCGCGGUCAGUUCUGACAAAUGGGAAGUGCCCUCAGUUUCCAGCCUUAAGUGUCUUGAUGUGCCCACAGUAUUCCCUGGAGUAGGGAGUAACGAGGGUGCGUCAAGUCACCCAAGGCUGGAGACUGAGCCUAAAAUUUAGGCUCAGUCUCCAGCCUUGGGUGACUUGACGCAGUAUGCUGUAAUACAUACACUUGAUGUCAGAACUCGACGGAAAGAGUUAGUUUUGUUUUCCUGAGAGUCCAUCAGGACUUGAGGGAAAACAAAAGUAACUGGUUUCGCGACGGACCUGACACUAAGUGUUUUGUUUUAAUAUAUUUCCAGACUUUGACCUCUCUGAACAGCAACAAAAGAAUAACCGGAGAGAACCAAAACAGUCGACUCGGUACUUAUAACAACACAAAUUUAAUUCUCAAAACCACUGAAUGAAUGAUUUACAAAGUACCUUCCUUAUAUUAUCUGCAUCAUUUUCCUUCACUAGCUGCUGUUUUUCUUCUGGGAAGUUCUUGGAUAACUUUACAAAUCGUUGCUUUUUAGCUUGAGGCUUUGUGUUUGUGUUGUUGUGUUCAUUCACGGAAAAAAAAAAACUGGCAGGAUCUGGCAGUGUUUUUCCCGCCUUUUGUCAUGCCACUUUCCACCAUGCUUUGAUCACAUGCUGUAAAUAUGUAGCCUGAGCGGGGUACAUUGCUUAAUGUAUCACGAUCGGGAUACAUUUGAUUUUAGUCAAGGCCAUGUGACCAAGAAUCAACCAAUGGCAGUCCCUGUUUAGUUGAGUGCAAGUCUAGGAAUAAUUAUUAUAAAGAUUCCCUAAGGUACCAAGACCCCCUCUCAAACCCCAGUAUAGUCUCCUUCAUCAAUUCACACAGUACACAGUCUAUCUGCCAAGCCAUAGGAUAGUCAAAGGCAGGUUGUAGCUUUGAUUGGCCUUGUGGCUCAGUUGGAUUCAUAGAGUGUCUUUAGCUUACUACUCAGCACUCACAAUAUAACAUGGUUAACUGUUUUAUUUUACAUUUGACUUCAUGCUUUUUUGCCUAGUGUUGCAUGAUACAUAGAGUUCACCCUUUCUUUUCCUCAGAUACUGUCCCUUGUGUACUUGUACUGGUACUUCUGAGGUAACCCCUAGUCAAAUCCCAGAUCCCCACAAGCCACCAUCCUUGGGGUGAUCUUAUAAUGCCUUUUUCACCCUUUGAUUGUCAGUUCCCGUCUUCAGCCUGAUCAAAAGAGAGUCAAGCAAGCAGCUAGCUCUUUGGAUUCUGCCACAUCAACUGCCAAAGAAGAUGCUUCCAAAGGAGGCAAAACAACAACUCAUCCGGAACUUGAAAUGGCUCCAUCUGUCAGUGAAGGUGAAGAACUGACGCCAGAGGAAGUACAGCUGGUAAGUUAAUAUAUUUUACUGGACACAAAUCAUCAUCAACAACAACAAAAACAAGCUUUAUAUGGUAUUGCAAAAGCUAUUUUAUAAUUAUAUUGUUUUGAAGAAUAAGAACUAAUUUAAUUUUAUAACAGGACAAUGAAGCUACUUUGUUAAUGAUUAAUUUGUUGCAAAAACAAAGCAAGCUGAAAUAUAUUUCAUGAAUAAUAUAUAUUGAUAAAGUAAUUAGAGGAGUUCAUCAUUUCAUUAAUCAAAACAUCUACAGGUAAUUGGGUAAUUUUUGGAAUCAGAGUCUUAACUUUAUUUUAAAAAUUAUUCGUAAUGAAAGAGUAUUUAGAACAAGUUUUAAAUCAAGUUGAUACAGUACCCGUCAGGGGCAGAUCUAGAAAAUUCAAAUGGGAUACUGAGACACUUAAAUGCUAUAUAAAUACCAUUAUUAUUUAUAAAUAUACUCAGGAAUUCUUAUCGUAAUACAAAAUUUCACAGGUAAAGGGGAGGGGUGAGAGUAGUCCCUUUUAUAGACUCCUAGGUCUGCUUAUGCAUAAGAAUUAUAUUCAGUGUCAAUUAGAAAAAAAUAUCCUCUGGAUCCCAGGGUAGCCGCUCCCCUGCUUUCCUCAUUCUAUCGUCACGCAAUGCUCCUCCCCAGUAUGCAUGUAACAAACCAUCAGCUUCAUGACCUCUUAAUUAAUGUAAGCGGAAAGCUUGGUGCAUGUAUUUAUAAGUAAGAUUAUAUUAAACCAAUUGUGGGUUGUAGGAUAAGCCAUGUUUGAAAUAAUUAUCUGCCAGGGAUACAUGUCGGCUUGGUCUACUUUAAACAUAAACGUUUGCAGCUGAAGUAUAGGUAGAUGUAAAUGUAUGUCUAUGAUUGUUUUCAAAAAACAUUUCAUGCUCAUAAAAGUACGUUUUGAAUUUUCUUAUUUAAACUGACUAGUUUGAAAUGGAAAAUAAGAAGUUAUUUGCUGAAAUGAACAGUUUGGUGGAUGAAGUAAGGUGGGUGUGUGACACAUUAUAAGUAUUACAGUGUAUUCCAGGGAUGUAUUCCAGGAGUCACAUAAAAUUUGCACCAAGGAUAAAACUGAACCCCUACACCCCAUAACAUCUACAAGCCACAUAAGUAUAGAGUUUAGUAUGAUAGUAUACAUGUACGUACACUGUACAUGUACAGUUGCGUUUGUUAACACUAAGGAAGUGGUCUAUUUGUACCCUUACACUACACAAACCGUUUGGACCCGCGUCUAUAAGAUCUUCAAACAUAUUAAGAGCCCUAAUCUGAGACCUUCUUAAGCCAUGCCCCUGUCAGUGACUGUUCUUUACUACUGUACAUUUUUGUCCAUGUCUUCAUUGCUGUCAUGGUUCAACCUAUCAUUUUGUUGGUUGCCAUUAAUUUUUAUCUGUCCUUGUUUCAAGGCCAUUCACUCUUUAAAAUUUUGACCCCUAUACAAGUAUAGGGCCUCUAAUCUGGCCCUCCAGCCACUCUUUAAAAUUUUGACCCCUACAUACAGGGCCUCUAAUCUUGACCCCCAGAGUCACUUUUUGAAAGUUUGACACCUAUAGGGCCUUUAAUCUGGCCCUUUAGAGGGUCAUGGACACUUACCACUGUACAUGGGAAAACUGGAAGUUUCAAUUGGACAAUCCAGUGGUUUAUCAUAUGCCAUUCAGUUUGGGAAGCUACAGAAAAAAUGGGUUGUCAUUUGAGAUGAUCGAUGCAGCAUUUUCUUCUCUUUUCAGUCUGUUCAACUGAUUGGGAUAUUCUUUUUAGUGGGUCGUUCUCCCACCACAUCAAAAUACGUAAUUUUUGUAGUUUUAUGUUCAUGGACAAAAUUUCCAACCGGGUGGUUUGUGUAAAGUGUAAGCACCUUAUGUCUUUUAUUCGUGGCAAUCUGUUGUAUGCAGAGAUUACACUUGAAAAGUUUAAAAAUUGUAACUGCAUGCAUGCCUUAAUUAAAUUAAUACUUUGUAUUCUCUUUUGACAUGUAGGCAAAUAGAAGGAAGAGUAGUAGAAAUAUCUCAGCUGCAAGAAAUAUUUUCUGAAAAGGUUUUACACCAGGUGAGAGAUCUUGCCUUGGAAUGCCAAGUACCCAUGCUGUUGAAAAACUUAUUUGACGAUUGAACGUCGUAAAGAGAAUAGAAACUUCAAAUUCCAAUCCUCUCUUGUUUUUUUCUUACCUUUAUUUCAAACUUUUUCAAAGUCCGACCAGAUAGACAGGAUAUAUGAAACAGCUGUUGGGACAACAGAAAAUGUCAAAGGAGGAAAUGAACAGAUUAGAGAGGUAUGGUUUUAACUAAUACAUAAAGCUAUUGGAUCACACCUGGGGGGUACGCCCUAUAAUGGCCCAUACGGGGGAGGGCCCGGCCAAAAGAGGUACCUUUUUCAGGCUUCCAGUAUAUGAAAGGGAUUUAACUUUAGUUGAAGUAUAACUAAUACAUAAAGUUAUUGGAUCACAGCUGGGGGGUACUCCUUAUAGUGGCCCGUACGGGGAGGCCCUGCCUAAAAGGGAUACCUUUUUCAGGCUUCCAGUAUAUGAAAGGGAUUUAACUUUAGUUCAAGUAUAACUAAUACAUAAAGUUAUUGGAUCACACCUGGGGGGUACUCCCUAUAAUGGCCCAUACGGGGAUUCCCCACCCAAAAGGGGUACCUUUUUCAGGCUUCCAGUAUAUGAAAGGGAUUUAACUAUAGUUGAAGUAUAUGAAAGGGUAGGGAAUUCAAAUUGGUCAUUGUAAUCUGUGGCUAACAAGGGCGUUUUAUGACUGUGAAAAAGACAAGAAAACGUUCUUGUUUAGUGAUUUGACAGUGCAUCUACAUCAGUUCAAAAUGGAUGAAAAGCUCUAAACUAGCUGUGUGAAAGGGGUACCGUGUCAAUAAAAGGUAUUCAAAAGGGGAAACUUUUCUCCCUGAUCUCCAUCAAAAAAAGAUGAUAUGUAAGAGAACAAGAGGUUGGACCUGAGGUGAAUCCUCCCUGUAUAAAAGUUUUGGAGUACCCUCCCCGCCCCUAGGCAUCACAACAAAACCCAGGGGAGUGAAAAAACAAGUAAAGGGUGGGGAGAGGUACUCAGUAAGGAGAGAGGGUAAGUUUCUCCUUUCUCCCUCUCUUCUGCCUCUAAGCUGGGAAGUUAAAGCUUUCAAUUCUCGGCUGUUCAUUUAAAAAUCCUUUUAUUUUUUAAACAUUUUUAGGCAAUUAAGAACAAUGCCAGCUUCAGAGUUUGGAUUCUGUUCUUUCUGGUGAUGUGUUCACUUUCUCUGCUAUUCCUUGACUGGUACAGCUGA